AAUGAAAUCCAGCGUAUUUUUUACGUGUCUGAUGUUAAUCAGUUCCCUAACGUUAGCAAUAUCUCAAGAAUGCAUGACACCGACUCAAGUGGCAGGGACGUGUAUCGAAAUUGAAAAGUGCCAGCCUGUGCUACAAUUGCUGCGAAGAGAAGGCAAAAAAGCAGUUGAUUUCGUAAGGAAAUUCAUCUGCCAUAUGGAGGGCAUGACUCACCCCGUUUGUUGCCCAGUCAAACCGGGAAAGACGAUGAGACAAAACGUGUACGGACCUCUCUUUCCACCCCAGUGCGGUUACAGCUAUGUCUCCCACCCGAAGAUAGACGGUGGCACGAGAGCANACACCCAACAAAAUUUGAUCUCAGACGCAUGGCCCUGGAUGGCUGCACUGGGAUAUAAAGCAACUCCAACUUCCGAAGUGACAUGGAAUUGUAGUGGUUCUCUUAUAUCAGCCAGACACGUUUUAACCGCUUUUCAUUGCCUGAUCUACCUUAAUCUGUACGUUAUACGUCUCGGGGAUUUAAACUUGGUGCGUGACGAC